UUGCGUAUUGCAUAUCACAUAUCCGGUCUGGUCUGCAAGAAUAUUCAAGCAAAAUUGCGAAAUUAGGGCUAACUUUCAACCUCAGGUUUCUAUCUGAUGCGGCAAUAGAAAACAAGUAAGCGUGCGCGAAUUUAUCUGAAAUGGACGUUGUUAAAUCGAUCUUAGGAGACAAAGGAACAGAAUCCGAUCCAAGUAAGACCACUAAAGUUCACAAAGAUGUGGAGCUCGACAUUGAUCUGGGAACACUACUUGCGACUGAUUAUAAUACUUUGGACGUAAAGACUCUCAGGUCAAAGCCAAAUUCAUAUUUAAAAACCUUGACGAGAGAUAAUGUGCAAUUAUUGAUCAAUAAAAUCUGGGAGCUACCAGUCGAACGAUUGGAAGAUGCCAUAGUGGCUAAAUUGCCCAAACCUGAAUAUGUAUUGCCGCGUUCGCUUGCCAUUCCAAAACCUAAACCCCUAACAAAGUGGCAACAAUUUGCUAAAGAGAAGGGAAUACAAACGAAGAAGAAGGGUAGAUCUAAACUAAAAUGGGAUAAAGAAUUAAAGAAAUGGGUUCCUACAUAUGGUUAUGAACGAGCAAAGGCUCAGGAACAGAAAGAAUGGUUGAUAGAGACCAAGGAUAAUGCUAAUCCGAAUGAUGAUCCAUUUACCAAGGCUAAGGAAGCUAAGCAAGAAAGACAGUCGAAAAAUGAAUUACAGAGACUUCGUAACAUAGCUAGGUCUAAGAACAUCAAAUUACCAAGAGUUGGUCUACCAACCAGAGAUCAUUUCCCGAGCUCUCACCAACUUUCCGAAGCUCUGACAGUAGCACGUACAUCAACAGCUUCUGUGGGAAAAUUCCAGCCUAGGCUGCCAAAAGAGAAAGAUGCAAAAGGAAUUGCUAAGGAGGUGCCAGGAAUGAAAAGGAAACGGAAAGCACCUCCAUUAAAUGCCGUUGAUGAAAAACGUCAAAACAAAGGAUUAGUGGAUAACAUAUUGAACAAGAGGAAAGUUCUUCGUGAUCAUUUAACAAGAGAAGGAAUUGCAGAAAUAAAGCAAACUGAGAGAAACGACAGGAAGAAAAAGAAGAAAACUGGCGCCUCAAAACACAAUAAAAACGCUAAAAAACCGAAAGCAGGCAAAGGCAAACGUGAUUUGCACGCGAAAGUUGGUGGCAGAAAGCGACGAUAAAUAAGAAAUGCUUAUGAUAAUUGUAUGUUAAAGGAUAAUAAAUGCUUUAAAUGUGUGUUCUCAAUUAA